AUGGCCACCGAAGCAAGUAGACCACUCACAAAUGGUACUGGCCCAGAGUCGAAAUUGACGGAACCAAUUCAAUUCUCCAUGCCCUUGCCAAACGCACCCGGAAGCCGCAUCCACACGCAUUUGACCAUCCUCGCGACGUCCAUCCUUAUCUUCUGCACCAGCACUACAGCCGAGUUCUCCUCCUCUGCCAUACCUUCGCUCGGCAGCUUUGUCUAUGCCAUGCCUGAUGUUGGCAGCUCGGUCAACUUUUCGUCGGCUGGUAACGGCGGCAGUGUCGAAGAGGAGAUGGAGGCUUUCAGACAGCUGGUCGCUGUCGUGCUGAAAGAGGUUGAGAAGGCAAGAGCUGGAUGA